AUGGCGUCGCUGUUCGGCGGCGUGGAGGGUGGGGCCACCCACUCCAGGGUGGUGCUGGUUGCUGGAGAUGGACGGAUCCUGGCUGAGACGGAGGGGCCCUGCACAAACCACUGGCUGAUUGGCUCUGAGAAGUGCCUGGAGAGGAUCGAGCAGAUGGUCAGCGAGGCCAAGAGCAAAGCUGGGGCUGACCCCCAUGUCCCCCUGCGGUCACUGGGGCUGUCCCUCAGCGGGGGUGAUCAGAAGGAUGCCAUCAGCAAGCUGACCGAGGAGCUCCACCAACGCUUCCCCCACCUCAGCCAGAGCUACUACAUCACCACUGACACCGCUGGGGCCAUGGCCACUGCCACUGACCAUGGUGGCAUCGUCCUCAUCUCGGGCACUGGCUCCAACUGCAAGCUCAUCAACCCUGACGGGUCGGAGACAGGCUGCGGGGGCUGGGGACACAUGAUGGGGGAUGAAGGCUCAGCGUACUGGAUUGCGCACCAGGCCGUGAAGAUGGUCUUUGACUGCAUGGACAACCUGGAGGUGCCACCCCAUGAUGUUGGCUACGUCAAGCAGGCCAUGUUCGAUUACUUCCAGAUCUCGGACAGGAUGGGGCUCCUGACUCAUCUCUACCGCACCUUCGAGAAGUCCAAGUUUGCAGGGUUCUGCCAGAAACUGGCUGAGGGUGCCCAGGCUGGGGACCCGCUCUGCUGCCACAUCUUCAACAAGGCUGGGGAGGUCCUGGCUCGCCACGUCGUGGCUGUGCUGCCCAAAAUCCACACGAGCCUGUUCCUGGGAGAGCUGGGACUGCCCAUCGUCUGUGUGGGCUCCGUCUGGAAUAGCUGGGAGAGGAUGCAGGCAGGGUUCAUCCGGGUGCUGGCGCAGGCGCGGGGCGACGCCCCCGGCCAGGCCUUCUCCCGCUUCAGCCUCCUGAAGCUGAAACGCUCCUCAGCGCUGGGGGGGGCACGGCUGGGUGCCAGGAACAUCGGCCAGGCCCUGCCCUUGGACUAUGCUGACAACGUUGAUGUCUUCUACACCCACAUCUUCGAGCCAUGA